CAUUUUUUUUAAAGCAAUGACAAAGAAGGAUAUGCAAAGAAAACGAGUACUAAAAUCAGAUGCCCAAGAUCUGGAAUAACCCGAUCCUACUACCGUUGAACCAAUUUAUCCGAUCUACCAUCUCUGUACCGCUCAUCUCUCAUCCAGACGGUCGGACGCUAUACUGCUCUCUCCGUUCUAAUAUCCCGAGAUACCAUUUACUAGUUUGGUGAAAGAAUUCAGGCAUGGAGGAGGUAAAAACUGAAGCUGUUUCGGGUGGCAUUGAAAAUCCCAAGACACCAUCUAAGCAGGAAGAGGAUGUUGUUAUUAAGAGCAAGUAUGGACCACUCAUGUCUAAGAAGCCCCCAUUGAUUUCGAAGGACCAUGAACGUGCUUAUUUUGAUUCUGCUGAUUGGGCUCUUGGAAAGCAAGGUGCAGCGAAGCCUAAGGGUCCAUUGGAAGCACUUCGACCAAAGUUGCAGCCAACACAACAGCAAACACGAUAUCGUAAAUCGCCUUGUGCCCCGACAGAAGGUGAAGAUGGAAGCAAUGUGCCAUCAUCAGAAGAUGCAACUCCAAACGAAGGUGAAGAUGGAAGCAGUGUGCCAUUACCAGAAGAUGCAACUCCAAAUGAAUGUGAAGAUGGAAGCAAUGUGCCAUCAUCAGAAGAUGCAACUCCAAACAAAUGAGAAUCAAAGACUACUGUUAAAAGUACACCAGAGUUGCAAAUAUAUUCUUCUGUUUUUUUAAAUAAGAAUAAUAUUGAGACUAAAAAGUUGUUCUCUGGUUGAAGGGAAGUACACUCUUCUAAUGCUGACUGGCUCUACUUUUGAUGUUGAACUUAGAUUUCACUGUCUUUCACUGAUAUAGCAAAGAAAUUCUGCUGAAUUUUAUGUAACCAACAGACUUUGAAUUGAGAGAUAUAUGGAUGCUGUCUGCAACUCCUGUCCCUCAAGUAGGGAUAAACCCGGUCCGGUCAGGUCCAGAACUGGGUCCGGCACUGUUGGGGACCAGACCGGGCCUGGAUAGUCCAAUUCGGGCCUGAGACUGCCCAGAGUCCGCCUAAGCUAGUUUUUUUGGCUUGGAAAUGGGGGGAAAACCGGAAAAUGAAAAAAUAGAAUAGGACCGGGUCUGGACCUGG